CUCACACGGAAGUUGUUCUGUUGUUCCAGCCAUCUCUCGCGUUGUUUCCUGUUUUCAUUGAUUUGAAACAUGGCGUCCGAGGGAGAGGCGGGCAGUGCUGCUGUGGCUGAACCUGAGGCAGGAGAGGGCGAUGCUGCGUUUGGUGAACUACCCGCUAACAUCGAUACUGAAUCUUCAAAUGGCAAAGAGGGAAUGGAUGUCGGUGGUGAAGGCUCAGAGGCCGCUGAUGCCAUGACUGGAUCAGGGGACGAGGAGAGCGGGAGGCAGCUGGGAGAGGUGGAGCUGCAGUGUGCCUUGUGCAUGAAAUGGUUCACUGCAGAUACAUUUGGCAUUGAUACUGCGACCUGUCUUCCCUUUAUGACCAACUAUGUGUUUCACUGCAAUGUGUGCCAUCACAGCGGCAACACUUACUUCCUCAGGAAGCAAGCCAACCUGAAGGAGAUGUGCCUCACAGCCCUGGCAAACUUGACAUGGCGAUCCAGGACCCAAGAGGAACACCCAAAGACCAUGUUCUCCAAAGACAAGGAUAUCAUACCAUUCAUUGAUAAGCACUGGGAGUGUAUGACAACUCGACAGAGACCGGGGAAACUGACCUGGCCCAAUAACAUAGUGAAGACAAUGAGUAAAGAGCGAGAUGUUUUUCUAGUGAAAGAACACCCUGACCCCGGCAGCAAAGACCCAGAGGAGGAUUACCCAAAGUUUGGCCUGUUGGACCAGGACCUGGGAAACAUCGGGCCUUCAUAUGACACCCAGAAACAGACCACUGCAACUCCCUCUACCGGUGGGCUAAAUGGUGGAUCUGCUUUCUCAGGUGCUUUAGCCCCAGGCCCAGGAAAAGGAAGAGGAGCCAAACGUAAACAGCAGCAGCAACAGGAGGGAGCAGCUGCAGGAGCAGCUAAGAGAACACGCAGUGACCCUCUGUUCUCGGCCCAGCGCUUGCCUCCCCAUGGUUACCCACUUGAGCACCCGUUCAAUAAGGACGGGUACCGUUACAUCCUGGCAGAACCAGAUCCCCAUGCCCCAGACCCCGAGAAGCUAGAACUAGACUGCUGGGCUGGCAAACCCAUACCUGGAGAUCUGUACAGGGCCUGUCUGUAUGAAAGGGUCCUGCUCGCCUUGCAUGACAGAGCGCCUCAGUUGAAGAUCUCUGAUGACCGUCUGACAGUCACGGGGGAGAAGGGCUACUCUAUGGUCCGAGCCUCACACGGUGUACGGAAGGGAGCUUGGUAUUUUGAGGUUUCUGUUGAUGAGAUGCCUCCAGAUACUGCAGCGAGACUGGGAUGGUCUCAGCCACUUGGUAACCUGCAGGCUCCUCUGGGCUAUGACAAGUUCAGCUACUCCUGGCGCAGUAAAAAGGGCACACGCUUUCACCAGUCCACAGGAACGCAUUACUCAUCAGGCUACGGCCAAGGAGAUACACUGGGCUUCUUCAUAGAGCUACCUGAUGACACAGAGACCGCCAAGGCUCUGCCUGAUACAUACAAAGACAAGGCACUUAUUAAGUUCAAGAGCUACCUGUACUUUGAGGAGAAGGACUAUGUGGACAAAGCAGAGAAGAGCCUCAAGAAUGUCAGCCCCAGCAGGAUGAUCUUCUAUAAGAAUGGGGUGAGCCAAGGUGUUGCCUUUGAAAAUCUGUAUGAAGGCCUCUACUUCCCUGCUAUCUCACUCUACAAGAGCUGCACGGUAUCAGUUAAUUUUGGUCCACAUUUUAAGUACCCCCCGAAGGACAUAAAGUACCAGCCGAUGAGUGACAUGGGCUGGGGAGCUGUGAUCGAACACACGCUUGCUGAUAUGCUGUACCAUGUGGAGACGGAGGUGGAUGGAAGACGAAGCCCUCCAUGGGAAGGAUGAACACCCUCAAGUCAAUAAAACAGCCCCAGUCAUAAUUUGGCCCAUCUUCAGCCAUAAAUACUUAAGCCCCACACACUGCAGUGUAUGAACAGGUCAAAAAAGAAAGUUACGCUCGAGUUCAUCUCUUCAGUAUCAGUUUUGUUGGAUAUUGGAGAUUUUGGAGGCAGCCUUGUUAGAAACCUGAUGAAUUUGUUCGGAGAGCCUGAUCAAAACAAGCUUACCGUGGGCAGCUACACGUUAUCACAGAGUGCCAACAGCAGACAUUCCACACUAUUUUGUGAACAUUUGACAGCCUGUACAAAAUAAAAUAGUUUUGCUCUGCUUAAAAAGAAAUUAUACCUUUACAUUAUCUGUAAUUGUUAUGCUGUAGAGAGAAAUGUUGUUUGUCAGUUUUACAAUUAUUUUUUGGGUACUAUGUUGUACCCCUGGCGCUCUGUAUAGCUGUGGCCGGCCAGACCCAGUUCAGCAUUUCAUACAUUGAUUCUGCAGACGAGUUGAUGCAUAAGUCUUGUGUAUUCUGUUUUUAUUAUGUUGUUAUACUAAGUGUGUUACUUAGAAUUGAUUUUUUUUAUUCUGAGUUAAAUAAAAAAAAAAAAAAACUUGUUACCUG